UAUACUUUGAUAAAUCAAUAGGAAAGAUUUUACUAUGAUUUUACUAUGAGACUUUCUCUUAACAAGAGUGGAACUGCUUCGAAGAACCCUUCUUCUCAAAACAAAACGAAAUCAAAUAACUCGGGAUCAUCAAGCACGAUAUUCUCCAAUUUCUUUAUUAAAUCGAAAGAUAAAAAAUCCGAAUGUGGUGAUAAAUCUAAAGAAAGGGAUACGACCAGAAAACAUGGUUUCACCGUGCCUUUCUCUAAACCAGUAAAACCACUUCAAGGAAAUGAAAUCCCCUUUGGUAAAGCAACCAUUUUUCGACAAAUUGACAAAGAAAAUAAAAUUCCAAACCAAGAAUCUGGUAAUAGAUCACGGCAAAGACAACCUUGGAAUCUGGAGUCAAAUAUUUCAGAAUGUAAUGAUUUUGAUGAAUGUCCUGAGCAGAAAGGGGAAACUACUCAGUCAUCAAAGAGAACAUUUAGUCAGUUUGAUGAUGUUGGUUUUGGCUCAGAACUUGAGCAUAACAGCCAGCCUCGAAAUGAGUGUAAACGUUUGAAAACGGACAUGGUACGGCCAGGUGAUGUUCAAGAUAAUGAUGACGAAAAUGUUGGUACCAUGAUGGGCCAGGAACCUUUCAACUAUGUUGAAGAAAAUGACAAUUUCAACGACAAUGACAUUAAUAAUUACAAUAUUGAUGAAUAUGCCCAAGAUCCUGAGUCUGAUUUUGAUUUCAUCGCACCAAGCCCAAGAUCACCAGAGUAUUUAUCACCCAAUGAUUCUCCACCAUAUUUCGAUGACAUCGAUGCAGAAGAUUCCUUACCAGAGACUGCCACCAGCCCGAAAGAAGGAAUGGUGACAGAAAUUGAGUUCACCAGCGACAGAAUACAAGCUGAUGAAAUCAAAGAAGAUAUUCAUGAAUAUGAUGAGUUCCAUCAUCGGCGAUCCGAGAGAGCCGAGGAAACUCUUGACGCAAAGUUUGAGAAAUCUUCCUCAGACUACAUCGCUGUGUUGGAAAAGAUUGCGGAUACCUUCAAAACUUUCGACCAAGAUCUUCUGCUAAAUUUGUUGGGUGAAGACGAACAUGAAGAAUAUAAGAAAAACCAAGUCGAAAGGAACAGGUUGAGAGCCCAAAGGAGGAGAUUGAGUCUAAGAAUAGAAGAGAAACGUCGAUCAAUCGGGCAGAAGUCUUCGCAGCAGACUGGAAACGGAUGGUUAUUACAGAACAGAACCAGCACUAUCACCUCAUCAAGACGUGCUUCAGAUGGCGACGUCCUCCCCUUCUGUGGUGAUAGUUUCUUUGAUAAAUCUCCCCCCGUCUUGGAGCAGCCUGACUCUUCGCAAUUAUCCAAAGUCUCUGCAAACUCUCACGCGAGUUUCACUCCACAAACGUCCAAGUCUAAAUCCACAACCCCAUCAUUUCCAUCGACCUGGCGGACGAACACUCCUGCAUUUCAAAAUCAAAAUCAAUCAAAUAUUAUUGAUAUAGAAGAUUACGAAGAUCAGCCCCCCGGUACGGGUACUAAUGUUAAGACGUCGUCUACAACAGCGGCACGUUUUCAAGAGGGGAGUUGUGGAGCAUCUCAAACAAAUAUUGGUAGUAAAGAAAAAGCGUCCACUGUCGGGCAACGUAUAACGAGUGCUCAACCAAAGAAGACUGGUAACUCAUUGCCAGAUGAUGGUUAUCGAGGUGAGUUUAAGAGAACAGAUUACGCCUUCACGCAGGAGGUGAACAGGACCCUAAGACGAACAUUUGGUCUGAAGUGUUUUCGUUUCAACCAACACGAAGCGAUCACCGCCGCUUUGCUCAAAAGGAAUUGUUUCAUACUGAUGCCAACCGGGGGAGGAAAGACUCUCUGUUAUCAAUUACCUGCUGUUGUAACUGACGGGGUAACCAUCGUUGUCUCCCCCCUGAAAUCUUUGAUACAAGAUCAAGUGAUGAAACUCAGUUCAAAUCAUAUUCCAGCGCAUCAAAUGACCGGUGAAACAUCGGCAAACGUCGUGAACGCCAUCUACCGAGAUCUUCACAGUGUUUCUCCUCAAACUAAGCUUCUCUACGUGACGCCAGAAAAACUUAGCGGAAGUGGGAGGCUUUCAGACGCACUGGAGAGUCUCUACAGUCGUGGAAAGCUGGCCAGAUUUGUAAUUGACGAGGCGCACUGCGUCAGUCAGUGGGGCCAUGAUUUUCGGCCUGAUUACAAAAAGUUGUCGGCGUUAAACGAGAAGUUUCCUCUCGUUCCCAUGAUGGCGGUGACCGCAACAGCAACGCCUCGUGUUCGCACGGACAUUGUCACGCAGUUGAGAAUGAAAAAACCCAUGUGGUUCAGCCAGAGUUUCAACCGUCCAAAUCUGCAGUUCCUGCUUCGUCCUAAGAAAGGCAAACUAGCGGAGCAAAUUACUGAAAUUAUCAAGGCAAAGCACGCGAUUGAUUCAGGCAUUAUCUAUUGUCUAUCCAGGAACGAUUGUGACAAUCUGGCCGAUAAUCUUCGUCAGACUGGGAUUCAGGCCACUGCAUAUCACGCGGGCUUGUCUGAUUCGGAACGUAAACGAACGCAAGAGGACUGGAUACGAGACAGAUGCAAGGUGAUCUGUGCGACAAUCGCGUUCGGGAUGGGAAUAGACAAGGCUGAUGUGCGAUUUGUCUUUCACCAUUCGUUGCCCAAGUCGCUUGAGGGUUACUUUCAGGAGUGUGGUCGCGCUGGGAGAGAUGGCCAGAAUUCUGUAUGUAUCCUGUUCUACAACUAUGGAGAUGUGCAUCGUUUGAAAAGGUGA